AGAAUCGAUAGAUUAGUAUAUUGAAGUUCGAUAUCUUCAAAGGGAAAAGGCAAGUUAUUAAAACGGAAAUCAACAGCUGAAUAGUCGAAUGGAAUUAUUGUUCAAAACAUGGAUUCAUCUAAAAAACACGUGAACGCGUCUCCAGAAGAUAAAGCUGGAUUUCUAUCGAAGCUAACGUAUUUGUGGUUUCUGCCAUUUUUUAAAUUUGGAUAUAACAAUGACAUUGUACUUCAAGAUGUAUACAAUGCAGCCAAAGCGGAUUUAUCUGGAUUAUUGGGAGAUGCUUUACAAAGGAAUUGGGAGAAAGAACUCAUUAAAUGCAGGAAGAUGAAAAACUUGAAUCCCAGUUUAAAGAAAGCCAUAUUUAAAACAUUUUGGAAAACCUAUGCACUGUAUGGAGCCAUCUUGUUUUUCCAAUUUAUUGUUCUAAGGAUGCUCCAACCAAUAGUUCUGGCUGAAUUCAUUAACUUUUUUGAUACAGACCAUGAAUCAUAUUUGGGAUGGCUUUGGGGAUCUGGUGUGGUAUUUAUGGCAUUUGGAGCUGUGGCAAUAACUCACAAUAUUAAUUUAGCUACACAAAGAAUUGGUAUGAGGGUCCGCAUUGCAGUGUGCUCUUUAGUUUACAGAAAGCUUUUAAAACUAAGUCACAAAUCACUUGGUAAGACAGCUGCAGGUCAGUUGGUGAAUUUAUUAUCCAAUGAUGUUAAAAGGUUUGAUUUAGUAUCGCCAUAUUUACAUUUUAUUUGGAUCUCACCUAUUAAUGCUAUAGUUGCUCUCUACGUUAUGUAUCAUUAUGUUGGAUUCAUUGCUGCUCUAGCUGGAAUGACCUUUAUUACAAUAGAAUCAAUUCCUUUACAAAUUAUAAUAUCUAAUUGGCAAGGAAAGUUACGAUUUGAGAUUGCGCAGAGAACAGAUAAGCGCGUUAAACUUAUGAGUGAAAUAACUUCAGGAAUACAAGUUAUCAAGAUGUAUGCUUGGGAGAAACCUUUUAAAAAAAUAAUAGAAUUUUCAAGAAAAAAAGAAAUAGACAUAAUUGCAAAGACGUCAUACUGUUAUGGAGUUGUGUCGGCAAUGAGUAUAUUUACAGAACGACUGAUUCUUUAUAUAACUCUGGUAACAGUGAUAGCACUUGGAGGAAGAAUUACUGGAGAUAUUGCUUUUUCUUUGGCUCAACUUUUUAACAACAUUCAGCUUGCUAUGGCAAUUAAUUUUCCAAAGGCGUUAUCAUAUUACUCUGAAGCGAAGGUAUCCAUAUCCAGGUUAGAAGAAUUUCUUAUCUUAGAAGACAUGAAAGAAAACCAAAUAGCUGUCGUAAAUGAAGAAUGCAAGAUAGGUGAUGUUAAACUAAGUGAAGUUACCGCAAGCUGGACAGAAGCAUCAAUUAUUCCAACUUUAAUGAAUAUAAAUUUGCACAUUGAACCCGGAACACUAUGCUGCAUUGUUGGCAAUGUAGGAUCUGGAAAAAGUAGUCUUUUGCAGUUGCUCUUAGGAGAACUACCUGCCUCCAGGGGAACAAUGAGUUUGCCAGGAAAAAUAUCGUACGCUUCUCAGGAGCCUUGGUUGUUUGUGUCGAAUGUUAGAAAGAAUAUUUUAUUUGGAAAGUCCUAUAUAAAAAAGAAAUACCAAGAUGUUAUCAAAGUAUGUUCCUUGGAAAGAGAUUUCAAACAACUUCCAUAUGGAGACAGGACAUUAGUAGGGGAAAGGGGAACAUCUUUGAGUGGUGGCCAGAGAGCGAGAGUAAAUUUAGCUAGAGCAGUCUAUACUGAAGCAGAUAUUUAUUUACUGGACGACCCAUUGUCAGCGGUAGACACUGAAGUGGCUAGACAUUUAUUUGACGAGUGUAUAGUUAAGUAUUUGAACAGAAAAACAAGGAUUUUGGUAACUCACCAACUCCAAUUCAUGAAGAAAGCCGAUGUUAUUGUCAUAAUUAAUAAUGGUAAAAUAGAGAAAGUGGCACGAUUCAAAGAAUUAUCUGAAAAUGAAUUGAUGGUUUUCCAACAAGAAUCUCAAACAGACGACAAAGAAAAAGGCAAAAUGCCGGACAAUUCUGAAACUCGAGUUAAGAAAGCUUCAGUUACCGCGCAAUAUCAGUCAGCAACUUCGUUGGCAAGUUCGAUGCAUUUUGAAGAUCCAGAAGAAACCGAAGAAUUGAUUGAAAAGGGGAUUAUCUCUAAUUCCGUUUACAAAGAAUACUGGCGAUCUGGUGGAGGAAUUUCAUUACUAUUGUUCACAUUGUUUAUCUUUAUUUUCUCCCAAAUAAUCACCAAUGGAUCAGAUCUUUGGUUGACAUAUUGGAUUAAUAUUGAAGCAAGAAGAUACAAUUUAUUAUCGUUACUUUCUCAAUCUUCCACAAGUAUCUUUUCAAGAGUUACACAAAUGGUUACUACAAUUCCGUCAUUGUCUACAAUUUCUGGAAACCUAAUGGAACAUACUCUGACUACAGUUAUACCUUUUGAAAACGUGACAAACAGUAUAAAAUCUAUAUCAAACUCAACUUUGGAAGAAUUGGAAAAAAUUGAAAGUCACCAGUAUUAUAUUUGGAUAUAUACUGCACUAAUACUAGUAUCAGUCAUAUUUUUAACGUGGCGAUGCUUUUUAUAUUACCAAAUAUGUAUGAAUUCUUCCAAGGUUUUACAUAAAAAAAUGUUUAGCAAUAUUCUUGAGGCUCCUAUGAGAUUCUUCGACACAAAUCCUUCAGGUAGAAUAUUAAACAGAUUUUCGAAAGAUAUGGGAGCAAUUGACGAAACAUUAACAAGUUGUCAACUUGGUGCUAUCCAAAUUAUGUUUGUCAUGUGUGGAAUAUUAAUUAUGGUGUUUAUAAAUGUUCCCUGGAUGAUAAUUCCUACACUAAUAUUUGCACCACUUUUUUACUAUUUCCGUAUAGUCUACUUAAAAACUGCACAAUCUCUAAACAGACUUGAAGGAGUUAGUAGAGCGCCCGUCUUUUCACAUAUAUCAGCUUCUUUAUAUGGAAUAACUACUAUAAGAGCUUCAAAGGCUGAAAAUAUGAUUAUCACAGAGUUUGAUAUUUUACAAGAUCAACAUACUAGUACAUGGUUCUUGUUCUUAGUAAGCAGCACUGCGUUUGGUUUUUAUUUAGAUGUCAUAAGUUGUAUUUUUUUGGCUAUAGUUACUUACCAGUACCUUAUAUUUAGAAAUGAAAACACAGUGAGUGGUACGGUAGGACUGGUAAUAUCCCAAAGUCUAAUUUUGACAGGCAUGGUACAAUCUGGUGUAAGGCAAACAGCUGAAGUAGCAAGUAAUAUGAUAAGUGUAGAAAGAGUUUUACAAUACACAAAAUUAGAUAAGGAAGGUCCCUUUGAAUCAUUGCCUACUAAGAGACCACCAAAAGAUUGGCCUAGUAAGGGUAGAAUAACAUUCAAAAAUGUUUACCUCAGUUAUGGAGAUGAUCUGCCGCCGGCUUUAAAAAAUUUAAACAUUGAGAUUAAAUCAGGAGAAAAAGUUGGUAUUGUGGGGAGAACUGGCGCUGGUAAAACUUCACUUAUUGCUUGCCUAUUCCGAUUAGCUCCAGUUGAUGGAAUUAUUUCAAUAGACGAUAUCAACACAGCAGAUAUUGGUUUGAACGAUUUGAGGUUAAAUAUUUCGAUUAUACCACAAGAACCAGUUUUGUUCUCUGCGCCACUAAGGUAUAACUUGGACCCAUUUGAAAAACAUAACGACGAAAUUUUAUGGAAAGCUUUAGAAAAUGUAGAAUUAAAGGAUUCAGUGACAGAUUUAAAUCAACCUGUAAGUGAAGGGGGUGCCAAUUUUAGUGUAGGACAAAGACAAUUGAUAUGUCUUGCUCGAGCUAUUGUUAGAAAUAACAAAAUUCUCGUAAUGGAUGAAGCUACAGCAAAUGUAGAUCCUCAAACUGAUGCUCUAAUUCAGAAAACAAUUCGCGAAAGAUUCAGAGACUGUACAGUAUUAACAAUUGCUCACAGAUUGAAUACUAUAAUGGAUUCUGAUAGGGUAUUAGUCAUGGACGCUGGUCAAGCUAUGGAAUUCAACCACCCCUACUUACUUUUACAAAACCAAGACGGCUUCUUUACAAAAAUGGUUAAAGAAACGGGAUCUGCUAUGGAAGAUAUUCUGAGAACAGUAGCUAAAAACGCAUAUCAUAUGAAAAAAGAUUCGUAAUGUUGUCAGUAAAUAUUAGCUCUAUUCGUUUUGAUAACUUUUAAAAUUGUAUCAAAUGUUGUUUUGCUAUAAAUGUGUCCUAAUCAAAAUAAACCGAAAUUUUUGGGCCA